AUGGACAGUGUGCGAACCAUCAUCUUCGUCAAGCUGCGGAUGGACAGUGUGCGAACCAUCAUCUUCGUCAGGCUGCGGAUGGACAGUGUGCGAACCAUCAUCUUCGUCAGGCUGCGGAUGCCCUUGAUGCUCCUCGAGCACCUUCUUGGGGAUGGAAUCGAUCAAGCCAUUCGAAUCGGACCCCGAUCAAAGUCGGAGAGGUUACAAGACCUCAAUCUACGAUUGAUAGCCCAAGAGAGCGAUCGCACGAGAUCAGAAAGGGCCGCUCUUUCUAAUCUCUUCAUGAAUUGGCGACACCCGUUGCAUCGGCCCCCGAUAUGUGGCAGCUUUGUUCUACACUCACAGCGUCACCCUGCAAUCGCCGCAUCGCGCCUUCGUCCUUAG